CCUUGGGCUGUCUUCGCGGCCAUUGGAUUAGAGGCGCUUUCCUCAUUGGGUGGCAAAUGCAGAUGGGUCCCUGCCCUGCAGGGAUUCCCCCCCUUAUAAAAAAAAGAUGUGGGCUGCUCUCCCCUCUCUUAUUCUGCUAUGUGACGAAGUGGGCUCUCUGGUCCACAAGAGGCUUACGCCGGAAUAUGUUUCUUGGCCUUCAAGGUGCCUCACGACUAGCCCUCGGAGAUUUAUCUGUCUUUUCGUCCUGGGGGAGAGAGAGGAAAGCGGUGUCUUUCUUUUUCUUUUCUGGAAAAGUUUAAUUAGAGGUGGGAGUGGGGCGGCUAGGACAGUCCAUGUAAUAGAGAGAUUCACCAUGAAGAGGAACACCUUUGUCAUCCUGCUUGGGAUAUAUAGUGGAAUUUUCAAAUCAUCAGCAUGGUCAGUGAACAACUUUCUGAUGACAGGACCUAAGGCAUAUUUGACCUAUUCUAAUAGCGUAGCUGCUGGUGCCCAACUUGGGAUUGAAGAAUGUAAAUACCAGUUUUCCUGGGAACGCUGGAAUUGUCCUGAGAGUGCACUUCAGCUCUCCACUCAUAAUCGACUUAGAAGUGCCACCAGGGAGACGGCUUUUGUUCAUGCCAUCAGUUCAGCUGGCGUUAUGUACACUCUUACGAGGAACUGCAGCAUGGGUGACUUUGAAAGUUGUGGCUGUGAUAGUUCGAAAAAUGGACACACAGGUGGAAAAGGAUGGAUUUGGGGUGGCUGCAGUGACAACAUAGAAUUUGGUGAAAGAAUCUCCAAGCACUUUGUGGAUUCUUUGGAGAGAGGACAUGAUGCCAGAGCUUUAAUGAAUUUGCACAAUAAUGAGGCGGGCAGACUGGCUGUAAAAACAACCAUGAAGAGGACCUGCAAGUGUCAUGGUGUAUCUGGGAGCUGCAACAUUCAAACCUGCUGGCUCCAGUUGGCAGAUUUUCGGGAAAUUGGAAAUUAUCUGAAAACCAAAUAUGAUGAAGCGAAGAAGCUCGAGACGGACAAAAAGAGAAUGAGAGCAGGAAACAGUGCAGAGCGUCGGGGAGCCAUCGACCAGACAUUUGGUGCAGUAGCAGCCCCUGAUCUGGUCUUCUUGGAGGACUCUCCUGACUACUGCCUCAAAAACACCAGCUUGGGCCUCCAUGGCAUGGAGGGGCGGGAGUGUCUACAAAGCGGCAAGAAUGCAACCCAGAGGCAGAAGCGGAGUUGUAAGAGACUCUGCGUGGACUGUGGCUUGCAAGUAGAGGAGAAACGGACAGAGGUGGUCACCAGCUGCAACUGCAAAUUCCACUGGUGUUGCACAGUGAAAUGCCAACAGUGCAGACAAGUGGUCACCAAGUAUUAUUGCUCCAAACAAGAUGACACCUCUUCCAACAGCACCCGACGGCGCAACAGGGGGCCCAGGAGAUAAAUCAGCAAGUCUCUAACCACAGCCUAUGACUGUCUUCCAGCAGACUGAUCCAAAGGGUCUUCCAAAACAUAAAAACUUUACUUGGACAAUCAUAAACCUGAAUGUUGCUGGCCCAGGUCCUUUAUUAUUACACUGGACAAAGCUUCGAAUUCAACUUCCUUUUUAUCCAAAUUGGCAGUCGUCCUGCGCAUUCCCUCUAUAGGUUUCCUUAGCCAAAAGUUCUGCCUUAAAAAAUGUCACUGUAUAGCCAUGUAGGGCAGUGGUCCCCAACCUUGGGCCUCCAUAUGUUCUUGGACUUCAACUCCCAGAAAUUCUGGCCAGCA